AUGCGUGCGGAGGCAAUGGUGGGGGAACGAGCCGAAUUCACACCAAUCGUCGACGGUCACUAUGCGAAACCUGGACAAUUUCCAUGGAUGGCUAUGGUACAUCAAUUAUUGACGAAUGCGCAUCAUAUAAUCUGUGGUGGAAGUAUAAUAUCAGAGAGAUGGGUACUCACCGCUGGUCAUUGUAUAGUUAAAGACCCACAAAAGUACCUUGUAGUUUUUGGAGACAUUGAUAGCAGAAACAUCGUUGGUGCCAACUACCAAGGACCAGGGACCUCGAUGAUAACGAGAAAAAGUGUGCUCCAUCCGCAGUAUAAGGAGUAUGAGAUUGAUAUUGGAUUACUCUACAUGCCGAGAGAAAUUCAUUUUGGAAGGAAUAUCCAACAAAUCGCAUUAGCAGGGCGUAGCUAUCAGGGUCACUCAUUGGUUGGAAAAACGGCAUUAAUUGCUGGCUGGGGUUAUACCGGAUCAAAAGACUCAGUGCCAAAGUUGAAGUGGGGCGAAUUAUCGAUAAUAAGCAACGAAGAGUGCUCUGGCAGGUGGAAGGUGCACAGCAGUCAGAUUUGCACUGAACCAGGGGAGUCAGGUGAUGUGUGCCAGGGAGACAGUGGUGGUCCUCUUAUGCUUGGCACCAAGGAUGGUCCAGUCGUAAUUGGUAUUGUCAGUUUUGGCGAUAAAUUUUGCCCGAGUUCAGCUCCCGGUGUUUUCACACGGGUUUCCGCAUUUAUAAAGUGGAUAAGACAAGUUACAAGAAGAAAACCUGAAGUAACUCAAUCACUUCGCUAUUAUAUUACCAAAUAA